GCUGAGCUGGGUUGGGGGGGCUAGAUGGGAAUGGGGUCUUAAUAUUUGGGCCUCAGUUUUCCCAUGGAGUAGGAUGGUCAUAGGCGGAGAGCCAAGCCUAUCACCCUGGGGAGACUGGAGAGCAGCACGGGAAGGAUGUGCCCUCGUACCAGCCAGCAAUGGGUGGCAGAACCUGUCCAGUCCCCCAUUCCCCUGAGCCCCCGCAGCUGGGUCAGAGAGGAGUGGGCUGAUGUGUCCAACUCCAAAUCUGCGCUCAAGCGGGCUGUGUCUGUCCUAAGCUGGCCCACUCUGUACCAUGGACAGCGGGCCCCUGGCCUUACUGACAGCGCUCUGGGCGCUGAGGGCCUCUGGAGUUGCGGCGCUGCGCAUCGGAGCUUUCAAUAUCCAGAGCUUCGGCGACAGCAAAGUGUCAGACCCAGCCUGCGGCAGCGUCAUCUCUCAAAUCCUGGCUGGCUAUGACGUUAUGCUCGUGCAGGAGGUGCGAGACCCCGACCUGAGCGCCGUGUACGCGCUCAUGGAGCAGAUCAACAGCGUGUCCAAACAUGAGUACAACUUCGUGAGCAGCGAGCCCUUGGGUCGGGACCAGUACAAGGAAAUGUACCUGUUCGUCUACAGGAAGGACGCGGUGUCGGUCGUGGAGACGUACCAGUACCCGGACCCGGAGGAUGCCUUCAGUCGUGAACCUUUCGUGGUCAAGUUCUCAGCACCUGGCUCUGGUGAGGCACCGACCCAUGCUGGCCCCGCCCCCCCGCGGGCCCCGCCCCAACCCCUGACGCCACAUACUCCCGCAGCUGCCAAGAAGUUGGUGCUGAUUCCGCUGCAUGCCGCACCGCACCAGGCCGUGGCCGAGAUUGACGCGCUCUACGACGUGUACCUGGACGUGAUCGACAAGUGGGGCAACGACGACAUGCUGUUUCUGGGCGAUUUUAACGCUGACUGCAAAUACGUGCGGGCUCAGGACUGGGCGGUCAUCCGCCUGCGCAGCAGCGAAGUCUUCAAGUGGCUCAUCCCCGACAGCGCCGACACCACGGUGGGCAACUCAGACUGUGCCUACGAUCGCAUCGUGCUCUGUGGCGCCCACCUGCGCAGUAGCCUGAAGCCCAUGUCGGCUGCUGUCCACGACUUUCAGGAAGAAUUUGGCCUGGACCAGGCUCAGGCCCUUGCUAUCAGUGACCAUUUUCCUGUGGAGGUGACCUUCAAGUCCCACUGACAGCUCUGAGGCCUGGCCAGAGCACGACGCCUGCAGACUCUGGCCACAAGCAACUGUCUGACAAGAGUUCCUUCAGGGUGGCUAGCCAACCCCAGCAAGGCUGAAGGGCAGGGUCAGCAGGGCCUGGAAAAGUGAUGUGACCACUUGGAACCUCUUUCCCCAUCUAUGAAAUGGGCUGCACCACCUACCUCAUAGGGUUGUGAGAAGCACCUUGUAGAGUGCUGGGGACACAGCUGAGCUCAAUAAAUACUCAGCCAAGACCACACACCUGUCAGCUCCGAUGCCUCAUGUCAUUUCUUAGGACUCAGCCCUUCUGGGGCACAAACCUUGGUCCUGCAGUUCAGUGGGUCUCUGGUCCCAGCCCCCUUAGAGGACAGGGACAGCCAGCCCUGUCCAUUCCACAUCCUGCUGGGUACAGCCAACUCCAGACCAGGCUGGCUCCAGAAGGCAGCUCGUGUGCUCACUGGUUGUUCUUUAUUUCUGCAAACUGCUUUCAAGAACUUGUACUAAACCAGCAGUUUAAAUGAAGCCUUAAGCAAAUUUUGUAUUAUCAUCCUCACUUAAUAAUGAAGUAGAUGUUACAUAAUUGCCAGC